AUGUCGCACGGCCUCGCCGGCGGCGUCGCCCCCCUCCGGUGCUGUCCCUCCGUGUCCUCCUCCUCCACCACCGUUCAUCACACCCUGGACGCUCCCCCUCGUCGAAGCUUAGCGAUGUGCGCCUCGACCUUCCCUCCUCCAGCCGCGCCCGCCAUCGAGGGCCGCGACGUCGGGCUCUCGGUGACCACGCGGCGGGGCAGGGUGUUGCCGGUGCUUAAGGGAUGCUCCCUCCUUGUCCCGCCCGGGCAACUCUGGAUGCUCCUCGGCCCCAACGGCUGCGGCAAGUCCACCCUGCUGAAGGUUUUAGCAGGUUUUCUGAAUCCAUCGGCUGGUACAGUGUAUAUAAACAGACCAUGCAGCUAUGUCUUCCAAAAUCCUGAUCACCAGGUGGUUGUGAUGCCUACAGUGGAAUCUGAUGUAGCAUUUGGUCUUGGUAAGCUCAAACUUCCAUUAGAUGAGGUCAGGUUAAGGGUAUCAAAAUCAUUGGAUGCCGUUGGGAUGUUGAGCUACUCUCAGAGGCCAAUCCAAACUCUGAGUGGUGGGCAGAAACAGAGAGUUGCAAUUGCUGGUGCGUUAGCUGAAGCAUCCAAAGUAUUACUGCUGGAUGAACUGACCACAUUCUUAGAUGAACAUGACCAGAUAGGCGUGAUAAAGGCAGUGAGGAACUCUGUGGCUGCUGAUGGGGAGGUUGCCGCGUUAUGGGUGACUCAUCGGUUGGAAGAGCUGAAAUACGCAGAUGGUGCCAUCUAUAUGGAAGAUGGCCAGAUAAUCAUUCAAGGCGACGUCUCUACCAUAUCAAGAUUUAUAAAGAGAAAACAGGCACGCUACUUUGGUCAUUUUGAACUCUAA